AUGGAGCUGCCGGUUCACAAUAUUGACAUUGCACUCUUCAAUGCUGCUACAAGUGUGGUCUUAGGAAAUGGGAAUAAGGUUAAGUUCUGGUCCUCUCGCUGGCUACAUGGUCAAGCACCUGCAACAUUAUACCCGGCCUUGUUCAGACAUAGCAAGAGGAAAAACAGAACAGUUUGUGAUGCCCUGGAUGAUGAUAACUGGAUCAGAGAUGUCGACUAUAGCAUGACGGAGCGGGUCGUUGAGGAAUUUAUAUUACUGUGGACUUGCUUACAAGAAAUCUCUGUCCAGUCGGCAAAUGAGGAUAAGAUCACCUGGCUCCACACAGCGAACGGCCAAUACACGGCAAGAUCGGCAUAUAGAAUACAAUUCCUUGGAAUGGCCUCAUCUAUGACAGCUAAAAUCACAUGGAAAACAAAGGCGCCGCCAAAAUGCCGAUUCUUCACUUGGCUGAUGCUGCAGAACCGCAUUUGGACAGCUGCAAGGCUAAUGCUUAGGCAAUGGCCAAAUGACUACUUCUGCCAACUCUGUGUAAGGAACCUGGAAACGGUCUCACAUCUCUUUCAGGAAUGCGGCUACUCGAGGAGUGUCUGGGACAAGGUGGGCUCCUGGGUCUCGGCGGCUGCUCUAAGGCCGACACACUGGACACAGACGGAAGAUCUGGGGCAAUGGUACGCUGACAUGGCCAACAGUGGAACAAGAGAUGCAAGAGACGGGGUACGCUCGAUGAUCAUGCUGACAGUCUGGGAAAUAUGGAGGGAGAAGAACAAUCGGGUGUUUCAAAGAUCCUCGAGAACGCCGGAGCACGUCUUCAGAGCCAUACAGGAGGAAGCAAGGACGUGGAUACGGGCUGGAAAUAGAGGACUAGAAGGACUGCUGCCUCCACUGGAACAGCCUCCUGUACAUGCUAUAAAUCCUAUGUAA